AACAAGGAGGAAAACCCCCGUGUCCCCAUCAUCGUCACCGGUAACGAUUUCUCCACAUUGUAUGCUCCCCUCAUCCGUGACGGUCGUAUGGAGAAAUUCUACUGGGCACCCACCAGGGAAGACCGUAUUGGUGUCUGCAAGGGUAUCUUCAGGACUGACAAUGUUGCUGAAGAUGACCUUGUCAAGCUUGUUGACUCCUUCCCCGGACAAUCCAUUGAUUUCUUCGGUGCCCUGAGGGCCAGAGUUUACGACGAUGAAGUGAGAAACUGGAUUUCCGGAAUUGGUGUUGAGGGCAUUGGGAAGAGGCUUGUGAACUCAAAGGACGGACCACCAACAUUUGACCAGCCAAAGAUGACCAUUGAGAAGCUCAUGGAGUAUGGAAACAUGCUUGUCCAAGAGCAAGAGAAUGUGAAGAGAGUCCAAUUGGCUGACAAGUAUUUGAGCGAGGCUGCUCUUGGUGAAGCCAAUGAUGAUGCUAUCAAGAGUGGCUCUUUCUAUGGCCAAGCAGCCCAGCAAAUGAGUAUUCCAGUUCCUGAAGGAUGUACUGAUCCAAAUGCAGACAACUUUGAUCCAACUGCAAGAAGUGAUGAUGGAAGUUGCCAUUAUCAAUUCUAGGCCUUUUUCUAGGGAUUGUGGCGGAAGGAGAAGCGCUUAUUAAG